GUGUUCAAUUCACAGAGUAUGGACCGCACCAUAUUGACAUAACCCAUUGGUCUAUUUAAGCAAACUCUGCAUCUCAAGAAUGGCUUCUGCAUAGCAAACGUGGGAGAGAUUCAUGGCUGCUUUGAAUCUCUAAUCACUAUAUAUGUAUAUUCCUUCUAAUACAGACAACUCAGUUUUCUCUUCCUUUUUUCCAUUUCCUUUUCUAGGCUAACAAACAUGGCUAGUAUGGGGGAACAGAACGGUGUGGUUUCCACUCGACCAGUUAUGGCAGACAACAGAAGUUUUGCAGAUUUUGAACCUGCAGUAAAGAAACCUAAAAGAAACAAGUUUGCUUUUGCUUGUGCUAUACUUGCUUCUUUAACUUCAAUCUUACUUGGUUAUGAUAUUGGGGUAAUGAGUGGAGCUAUUAUCUAUAUACAAGAGGACUUGAAAAUCAACGACGUCCAAAAGGAAAUCCUCAUGGGUAUACUUAACGUGUACUCUCUCGUUGGUUCAUGUGCGGCUGGUCGGACUUCCGAUUGGGUUGGCCGUCGUUACACUAUUGUGCUCGCCGGUGCCAUUUUCUUCUUAGGGGCACUCCUUAUGGGUUUCGCAACGAGCUAUGCUUUCUUAAUGGUUGGUCGUUUCGUUGCCGGAAUCGGAGUUGGAUAUGCUCUUAUGAUUGCUCCUGUUUACACAGCUGAAGUCUCUCCGGCUUCCUCCCGUGGUUUCCUCACCUCAUUCCCCGAGGUGUUCAUUAAUGGUGGUAUAUUACUGGGGUACGUAUCCAACUAUGCAUUUUCGAAGCUACCAACUGACUUAGGGUGGCGGUUUAUGCUUGGCGUCGGAGCAAUCCCGUCGGUUUUCUUGGCUGUGGGUGUUUUAGCUAUGCCCGAGUCACCGCGUUGGCUGGUUAUGCAAGGCCGACUCGGUGAAGCCAAGAAAGUUCUGGACAAAACUUCGGACUCCAUUGAAGAAGCUCAACUUAGACUAAGUGAAAUCAAAGAAGCAGCCGGAAUCCCACAAGAAUGCACCGACGACGUCGUUAAAGUCCAAAAGCGAAGCCACGGCGAAGGCGUGUGGAAAGAAUUACUAUUAUACCCAACACCCGCCGUUAGGCACGUGUUGAUUUGCGGCAUUGGGAUUCAUUUCUUCCAGCAAGCUUCCGGCAUAGACGCCGUCGUUUUGUACAGUCCGACGAUUUUCGAAAAAGCUGGUAUCACUUCAUCUGACGGGAAGUUACUCGCCACCGUAGCCGUUGGAUUCGUGAAGACGAUAACCAUCUUGAUCGCGACGUUCUUACUCGAUAGAAUCGGACGGCGACCGUUGCUUCUCAGCAGCAUAAUAGGCAUGGUGGCGUCAUUGACGACACUCGGGUUCUCACUCACCAUCAUCGACCAUUCACACGAGAAGAUACCGUGGGCUAUCGGACUGUGCAUCACGAUGGUUUUGGCUUACGUGGCGUUGUUCUCGAUAGGGAUGGGACCCAUCACAUGGGUUUACAGCUCGGAGAUCUUCCCGUUGAGGUUACGCGCUCAGGGAGCGAGUAUGGGCGUGGCGGUUAACAGGGUGACUAGCGGCGUAAUCUCCAUGACUUUCAUUUCGUUGUACGAAGCUAUAUCGAUCGGAGGCGCGUUUUUCUUGUUCGCCGGGGUCGCCAUGGUGGCGACUUUGUUUUUCUACAUGUUCUAUCCGGAGACGCAAGGGAAAACGUUGGAGGAAAUGGAAGGGCUUUUUGGUAAAUUCUUUGGUUGGAGGGAAGAAGCUAAGAAGCUGAAGAUGAAGAAGACGAUGGAAGUUAGCGGUGAUGGAACGAGCAACGGUCAGAUUCAGUUAGGAAAUACUACUACUAAGUAAGGGUAGUUUAGUAAAUACAUUUGUGUUUGGUAAGGUUUUAGAUAUGAGGUGAAGAAAAUAGUUUCUUUUUAAAUAUUUUUAUUUUCCUUUCUUUUAAUAAAAGAAUAUCCCAAAGAAAAUGGAGUUUGAGA